CGAACAACCCAGCUUCCGUACACACUCAACCCUCGACCGCUUGAUACCCGACACCCCGAAGAUCUUCUAUACAACAUGGCACAAGCAGACCCCCGCGCGCUGCUGCAAAAGGCAGACAAGGCCCUUGCCUCAGCUGGAUCUGGGUUCAGCCUCUUCGGCGGCAGGACUGAGAAGUAUGAGAAUGCAGCGGAACUUUACAACCAGGCCGCGAACGCCUUUCGACUGCAGAAACAGGCCAAAGAGGCUGGUCUGGCUUUUGAGCGCGCCGCUUCGAUACAACAAAACAACCUGAACGAGCCCGACGACGCGGCCAACACACUCACUGAGGCUUUCAAGACGUACAAGAAGACAGACCCCGAGGAUGCUGCUCGCUGCCUUGACACGGCCAUCAACCACUAUACCAUGAAGGGCAACUUCCGGCGAGCAGCGACAUGGAAGCAGAACUUGGCGGAGCUGUACGAGGUCGAGGUCGGCGACCAGAAACGUGCGAUGGAAGCUUACGAGAUUGCCGCGGGUUGGUAUGAGAGUGAUAAUGCGGAAGCAUUGGCAAACAAGCUCUUCCUGAAGGUCGCAGACCUGGCCGCGCUGGAGGGCGACUACUACAAGGCGAUUGAGAACUUUGAGCGCGUCUCCAAGUCGAGCAUCAACAACAACCUGAUGAAGUGGUCGGUCAAAGAGUACUUACUCAAGGCAGGCAUCUGCCACUUGGCAACCAACGACAUGGUUGGUUGCAACCGUGCGCUGGAGAGCUACCGCGACCUCGAUCACACAUUCCAAUCGACAAGGGAACACCAGUUGAUUGUGGACCUUGCGGAGGCCGUUGAGGCUGGUGACCAGGAGAUGUACUCCGAGAAGCUAUUCCAGUUCGACCAGGUAUCCAAGUUGGAUAAGUGGAAGACUACCCUCCUACUACGUGUGAAGAGCGGGAUUGAGGAGAAGGGUGAAGACUUUUCGUAAACGAUACCAUUCAGAUUGGAUUUCUUGUCGGUUUAUCGGUUUAAGUCAGCAUUGUAUGCAGGCGUUGGCAGGAAUAUAGCAACUGCGUGGACCAUGCUUGGCACGACGAAUGGACCCAACAUACCACGAGUAAACAUGUUGUCAUUCACAUCCCAAAGUGAGCAGUGGUUUGUAGACAUGAAAGUGCGUCAAGUCGCUCCUGAUUUAAACAUUAGAGAUACUGCGAUUAAAAUACUUAUGAGUACUACGGC